AUUGGUGUUCUGCGCAUGUUCCUGCCAGUACCUGGCACCGGGAGAUGGUGCUACGCACGUCCGCUGCCCACUGUUUGGCUUCACGGGACCUCGUACGCAUGCUCCAGAGCUGAACUUGAGGAGCCAGUCUGGGGCCUAGGCGCAGACGCAUUGAGCUUUAAGCAGCCGGUGAUGGCGGCGGCAGCAGUGGAGUCUGCGGCGGGUCCGGGCCCAUGAGGCGACGGCGGAGGCGGGACGGCUUUUACCCAGCGCCUGACUUCCGAGACAGGGAAGCUGAGGACAUGGCAGGAGUGUUUGACAUAGACCUGGACCAGCCAGAGGACGCGGGCUCUGAGGAUGAGCUGGAGGAGGGGGGUCAGUUAAAUGAAAGCAUGGACCAUGGGGGAGUUGGACCAUAUGAACUUGGCAUGGAACAUUGUGAGAAAUUUGAAAUUUCAGAAACUAGUGUGAACAGAGGGCCAGAAAAAAUCAGACCAGAAUGUUUUGAGCUACUUCGGGUACUUGGUAAAGGGGGCUAUGGAAAGGUUUUCCAAGUUCGAAAAGUAACAGGAGCCAAUACUGGGAAAAUAUUUGCCAUGAAAGUGCUUAAAAAGGCAAUGAUAGUGAGAAAUGCUAAAGAUACAGCUCAUACAAAAGCAGAGCGGAAUAUUCUGGAGGAAGUAAAGCAUCCCUUCAUUGUGGAUUUAAUUUAUGCCUUUCAGACCGGUGGAAAGCUCUACCUCAUCCUCGAGUAUCUCAGUGGAGGAGAACUGUUUAUGCAGUUAGAAAGAGAGGGAAUAUUCAUGGAAGACACAGCUUGGCCUUGGGUGGACCGCUCUUCACUGCAGAAUUUCCUUGAAUUGACUUUCCAGUUCCCAAGCUUUUACUUGGCUGAAAUCUCCAUGGCUUUGGGGCAUUUACAUCAAAAGGGGAUCAUCUACAGAGACCUGAAGCCGGAGAACAUCAUGCUUAAUCACCAAGGUCAUGUGAAACUAACAGACUUUGGACUAUGCAAAGAAUCUAUUCAUGAUGGAACAGUCACACACACAUUUUGUGGAACAAUAGAAUACAUGGCCCCCGAAAUCUUGAUGAGAAGUGGCCAUAAUCGUGCUGUGGAUUGGUGGAGUUUGGGAGCAUUAAUGUAUGACAUGCUGACUGGAGCACCUCCAUUCACUGGGGAGAAUAGAAAGAAAACAAUUGACAAAAUCCUCAAAUGUAAACUUAAUCUGCCUCCCUACCUCACACAAGAAGCUCGAGAUCUGCUUAAAAAGCUGCUGAAAAGAAAUGCUGCUUCUCGGCUUGGAGCUGGCCCUGGGGAUGCUGCAGAAGUCCAAGCUCAUCCCUUUUUCAGACACAUUAACUGGGAAGAACUGCUGGCUCGGAAGGUGGAGCCUCCCUUUAAGCCUCUGUUGCAAUCUGAAGAGGAUGUGAGUCAGUUUGAUUCAAAGUUUACACGUCAGACACCUGUUGACAGCCCCGAUGACUCAACUCUCAGUGAAAGUGCCAACCAGGUCUUUCUGGGUUUUACAUAUGUGGCUCCAUCUGUACUUGAAAGUGUGAAAGAAAAGUUUUCCUUUGAACCAAAAAUCCGAUCACCUCGAAGAUUUAUUGGUAGUCCACGAACGCCUGUCAGCCCAGUCAAAUUCUCUCCUGGGGAUUUCUGGGGACGAGGUGCUUCAGCCGGCACGGCCAAUUCUCAGACACCUGUGGAGUACCCAAUGGAGACAAGUGGAGUAGAGCAGAUGGAUGUGACAGUGAGCGGGGAAGCAUCAGCACCACUUCCCAUCCGACAGCCGAACUCCGGGCCGUACAAAAAACAAGCAUUUCCUAUGAUCUCCAAACGGCCAGAACACCUGCGUAUGAACCUAUGACAAAACAAUGCUCUUACUAAUGCAAAUGCAAAAAGGAAACAAAUUGGGGGAGGGCAUGUGGGAGCAUCCUGCAAGAUCAAAGGUGAGAAUCAAAAUGGCAGUCUCAGAGAGUCGGCGAACACGGCCUAGAAUGCUUUGGAUGGAAGAAAAAAAUAAACA